AUGGACGAUUUGCGAGCAGAACAAGAGGGACAAAAGAAAGAGGGAGAAGUGUUAACACUUAUACAAUCAGUAAGCACAAGGUGGAAUUCUUGUCUUGAUAUGCUGGAAAGAUUCAAUACAUUAUCAGCUAUUGUGGCUAAGAUUUUAGCAACUAGGCGGAAUGCACCUGAUAUGAUAACUUCUUCAGAGUUAAGUGUCAUACGAGAUCUGAUAAUAUUGCUUACCCCAUUUAAGCAAGCUACUGAAGAAAUUAGCGGCGAUCAGUACGUGACUUCUAGUUUGGCGAUUCCCAUUGCAAACUUACUUCAGAAAGGACUUGAAGAAGUAAAACCUUUCACCGAAUUUGGUGUUGCUGUUCAGAAGAGUUUGCUAAACUUAGUUAUUGCCAAACUAGAACCACUAGAGCGACAUUUACAUCUUGCUAUAGCAACAAUUUUAGACCCUCGCUUUAAGCGUAUUCAUUUUAAUUCAGCACUAGCUGUUUCCACUGCAAUAACCGUAUUGUCAAAAGAAAUACGUUUAGAACAUAGACGUAGAAGACAACUUUCGCCUGAACUCAGACCCACAACCACUACCAGAAUUCCAAAUUCAGAAAAUUCUGCGCCGUCGUUGUGGUCCGGACAUGAAAAAAUUAUGAUAGAUAUAGCUGCAGUAACCUCCAGUUUACUUUCAACCAGUGAUGGUAUGCCUAGCGAACUAAAGCAAUAUCUAGAUCAGCCUAUAAUACCCAGAAAAGAGAAUCCUACAAAAUUCUGGUUUGAUUGUCGUCAUUUUACUCCAGUCCUUUCCGACAUAGCUCUAAAGUAUUUGAUAUCGCCUGCGUCCUCGGUUUCCUCAGAGAGAGUGGCAUCUGCUGUAAAUCUCGCAGUACCCAAUAACAGAAGUCGGCUUACAGCCGAGCGUGUAAAUCAAAGAGUUUUUCUUAUGUCUGUAUCAGAUAAAUAUUGGUUUGAUUAA